AUGGUCUAUUAUAUUCGCUUCCUCAAGACCCCCCGAGUCCAGCAGCAGAAGGGGUCCUCUGUUGUGUCUGCGUUGUUCUGCAUCACCACGGAUCUUGGAGAUGCAUUCCUGGCCCAGGAUGUGGACUUGAUCGCAGAAUUAGCUAUCUCUCAUUCCUCAAAAAUCCUGAGCUCGAAGUCCCUGACAUGGCAAGCUGGGAAACGUGAGCUUCCAAUUUCUCUGGAGUUGCGUCGUGGCCUUGCACAGCAACCCGUGGUGUUGACUGUUCGGCCUCUGGGCCCUCAGUCGCUUGUCAAAGACUCACUAUGCCCAAUCCCAUUAGUGGUCUCGGGCUGGAGUACCCCAAUCUCGGCGCAAUUGCCGGCUGAAAAGCUGAUUGAACGCCGGUUCAGUCUCGGGGACAGCCUAGAAUCCCAAACAUCGGACCUCUGCAUUUCCGAGGAGACUGGCAACAGCAUUGCUCGGCAUAUCUGGGAUGCGGCGCUCGCCUCAGUAAUAUACCUCCAUCAAAUAAUCAGCGGAGCAUCAGAGGGAAUGCCCUCGCUCCGCCACCUCUUACAGCACCCACGCCAAACCCCUCUCCAGGUGAUUGAGCUGGGAGCCGGAUGUGGCAUUGUGGGCAUUGCCCUCGCCCAGCUGCACCCCCACUGCUCCGUCUUACUCACAGACCUCCCCGAAGUCGAGGAGAUUGUCACACGGAAUAUCAAUGCUGCCCGACCGGCCCCCAAGUCGACAGUCUACUAUCAGUCUCUCGAUUGGAACAAACCGCCACCCGAUGGUCUCUGUCGCAACGCUAUCGAUCUGAUCCUGCUGUCCGACUGUACCUACAAUGUCGACAGCUUGCCCGCGCUGGUCUCUACGCUGGACCGCUUGGUCCGGAGCUCGCCGGGGGCGAUCAUCUUGGUGGCCCUGAAGAGGCGGCACGACAGCGAAACGGUGUUUUUCGAUCUGAUGCAAUCCGCAGCGUUCCAGUGCCUCCAGGACCGCAUCCCGCUUCCCUCACAGCAUGACCAAGUCGAUCAGAUCGAAUUGUACUGCUACAGCCGAUGA